CGCAUCGCACCCAAAUACUGUUAUUCCUGCGAGCCGAGCAAAGACAGCACACGUUCCGUUAUCUAUCUAGACUUUUUUGUUCCCGUGUUUACUAAAGUGGAAAUUUCCAGGGAAAUCCGCUUUUAUGCUUCCUAAUUCACGAGUUUAUCGGCAGGAGUUGGAUUUGGUUUGAAUGAACACAAUGGAAGAUGACAGCGAGCAGUUUUCGCUGCGAUGGAAUAACUUCCACACCAACAUGUCUUCAGGGUUCCAAGAACUUCUAGAAGACAAGAGCCUCGUAGAUGUGACCCUUGCUUGCGAGGGCCAGUAUAUUCAAGCACACAGAGCUGUGCUCACUGUUUGCUCACCUUACUUCAAGGCCCUUUUCAAAGUCAAUCCUAACAACCACCCUAUUAUUAUUUUGAAAGAUGUCAGCUUCACUGACCUAAAGUCAAUUCUUCAGUUCAUGUACAGGGGAGAAGUCAAUGUGAAACAAGACGACCUGAACACAUUCCUAAAGACUGCCGAGGUGUUAAAAGUGAAGGGACUAACCGGGGACGACAACAAGGAAAGCACGCGGAAUGUGAGUCAGUUGUUCCAAGAGUCACAAUCGCCUCAAAUGAAGCGACGGAAAAUUGUGGAGGCAGCAAAGCCGUCGCCGCCGCCACCACUGCCUCAGCCAAAAGAGGAUAGCCAGCCCAAAAUACAGUUCAUCACUAUCAAACAACAAAACGAGGAGGAAAACGAAGAGUACAUUGACGACGAUGAUGACGACAACGAGCAGGACUUUUCCGCGCAGGACGAGAGUCUGGACCUGGAGUCACAGAUUUGCUUGGACUCCGGAGGACCAAUGGGCAUUGGAAUGAGAAGCGCGCUUGACAUCGAAGGAAGCAGCUCGCACAGCUCCAUGCAAGUUCUGCCUGAGGUGAAGCAGUGGCGCCAGCCGCAGCCGCCGCAGGCCCGCCACCACUGUCCGCACUGUCCUAAGGUGUACACGUGGCGGCAGACGCUGCUCAGGCACAUCGCAGACAGCCACAGCGAGUCGUCUGGACCGGUCACGUGCGACCUGUGCGGCAAGCAGUACAAGAACAAGAGUAGCCUCAUCUCGCACUGCACCUCCCGCCAUUACAAACACUAGGCACCGCCCGGCCGUUGUUUAUAUUAAUUCUGGACCCUCGUUUCAUGAGAGCCGCUGGAGAAGAGAAAGACUUCCGACCUACCCCUGAGCAGUGUGACUGCGCUUUCCGUGUUUUUUCUCUAUUGUUAGAUCGUUUAAAACCCUCGUUGUGCGAAAAAAUGCAAGCGCCAGUACUGUCGACACGCACCUUGUGAUUAGACGCAUCCAGCUGGCAAGUUGAUUGCUGUACUAUUUUUCAAUUAAAUAAAAGCUCCCAACGUUCUCAAACU